AGCAGCAGCAGCAGUAUCCUGUAAUCAGGUCACAUUUCAGCGGAGGCUCAGCAUCAGUGUGUGUGUCUGUGAGGAGCUGAGGACGCUGUUCGCCGCUCUGCGCUGCUGAUCAUCCCGUGUGAGGAGUCAUGGUGCUGCUGAGGGUCAUGGGGCGCCUGCUCGUCCCGUUCGUGAUGCUCGUGGGUGUUUCGGUUCAGGGCGACGUGAAGAGCGGGAAAGAUGCGGAGAAGAGCGGGAAUUUCAUGGAAGACGAGCAGUGGCUGUCCACCAUUUCCCAGUACAGCCGCAAGAUCAAGCACUGGAACCGCUUCAGAGAUGAUGAUUAUAUCAGAUCAUGGGAUGGAAGUCAAGGCUCAAAUGAAAAUGUGGACACCACUAAAGACCCCUGCCAGAAGGUGAAGUGCAGCCGCCACAAGGUGUGUGUUGCCCAGGGCUACCAGCGUGCUGUGUGUGUGAACCGCAAGAAGCUGGAGUACAGGUUGAAGGACCCAGCCCUGGGACAGCAGGAGAACAGCUGCAAGCCCUGCCCUGUGUCUGCUUCUGGACCUGUAUGCGGUUCUGAUGGACAUAAUUAUGCUUCUCAGUGUAAGCUGGAGCAGCAGGCAUGUCUCACAGGGAAGGAGCUGAGUGUGAAGUGUGCCGGUUCCUGCCCAUGUUCCCCCACAGCUGCGCCUAGCACAGAAACAGACAGCAAACACGAGAGCUGCACCGGCCAGGACCUGGCAGAUUUGGGGGAUCGCCUGCGGGACUGGUUCCAGCUGCUCCAGGGCAACGCCAAGCAGAACAGCACGAGCAAGCCUGCAGCCAGCUCUGCAUCAAUUUUGGACCGCACUCUAGUGGCGACCUGCAAGGACUCCAUCGGAUGGAUGUUCUCGAAGCUGGACACUAAUAAUGACCUGUAUCUGGACCAGGCUGAGCUGGCUGCUAUUAAUCUGGACAAGUACGAAGUGUGUAUUCGGCCUUUCUUCAACUCCUGUGAUUCCUACCGUGAUGGCAAAGUCACAACAGCCGAAUGGUGCCUCUGCUUCUGGAGAGAGAAGCCUCCCUGCCUGGCUGAGCUAGAGAGGAUCCAAAUGCAGGAAGGAGCCAAGAAGAAGCUGGGUGCCUUCAUUCCCAGCUGUGAUGAGGACGGCUAUUAUAGGAAGCUGCAGUGCGACCAAAGUAGGGGGGAGUGCUGGUGCGUAGACCAGCAUGGAGGAGAGCUAAUGGGUUCCAGAAUCCAUGGCAACCCUGACUGUGAUGAGGUAGCUGGUUACUCGGGUGAUUUCGGCAGCGCUGUGGGCUGGGAGGACGAGGAGGAGAAAGAAUCAGAAGACAAUGGUGAGGAGGCUGAAGAAGAGGAGGGGGAGGUGGGGGAAGUGGAUGAUGGUGGAUACAUCUGGUAGACCACAUCACAAAUGGCUGCAUGGUCAAAUAUAGCUUUCCUCUGGCCACUGGUUCAGAGGCAGCUCCAUCUCUUGCCGACACAAACCUGGUGGAACCUGGAGGGUUGGACAUCUUUAUACUGCACUCUGAACAACAGCAUUGACUUGGGGGGAUUGGGUGGCUGGGUAGUGAUAGCUGUAGUGAAAUUCUGGGUUUGGGGAAGAGUUUGAAUAAUGGUACUAUAAAUACUUGUGAAACAUCUUUUCUUUUGUUGUAUGUGCAAGAGUGUGCUCUCCUGAUAACGUCUUUAGCAUCAGCAGUCACAAGCUCAACUCUAGAAGCUCGAUAAAAACGGACAAACUGGAGCUUAGCCCAUGCUGUACAGUGCUUCAUCUCAUCUGUGACGUUGGACAUGUUGUGCCAGAAGCAUAACAACUAAAAUACACACAUUUACCGCUAAGUAUUUGAAAAAGGUACAUUUUAGCCUCAGCGUUUUAGGGUAGCCUACAGAUCUGACUAAUAAAACUGCAAGUGUAAUAAGGUGGGAAUGCUUCAAGCCUAAUACAUUUAGCCUAAUUCUUUUGGAGUUGUCAUUAGUGUUGUCCAAACAAGAACAAUGUGAACUAGAGUCUGGUCACUUCAAACCAUCGGUAUGUAAAUUUUUUGGACAUAGAUGUUAAUUGAAUUAAUAUUUUAGCAGCACUGUAACUUUUCUGAUUAGGCCACAGCAGAACUAGAGCUCACUAGAGAACGAGAGCCAAAGGCUAGAGCCAAAAUUACCCUGAAAGCUGCAGCCACAUUUCUGACGACCUGGUUGCCAACACAUUAUCUGGCUACCAAAAGCCUCAACAUAAAUUGAUAACACUGCAGAACCUGUCACAACAAGUUUAAGGCACAGUUAAGACUAGCUCUAAUGGGACAGUAUGGCCUUAACAUUAAUUCUUAAUUUUCAGCGUAAGACGGUUCUUCAAGUGAACCAAUACCUUUAAGGCUUUCCGGCUUCAACAUAUAUAAUAUUAAAUCCCACCGAAACUGGAUAUACUAAAGCUUAUUUCACUGUAAACACUUUUUUGACACAGAACAACUCUGAACCCUCUCCAAUACUUUGUGCUUUCUUAUAUGAAAUGGAGUCGCUGAUCCUUUCGAAUUCAUUCUCCAGUCUCUGAUUUCUCUCAUAAUGGAAUCUGCUUAAGCGAAAGUAGUUUAAGCUGAAAUGCAUUACCUCUGAUGUCACUAUGAAUACAAGUAUGAAUAGUAGUGUGGAGAAUUUGCAACCUGACAAUACUCCCACCCGCAGACACCCAGAGGGACCAGUCUGUCUUUAUAUCUGUCUGCUAAACAGAUCCACCCUUCAUCUAUGGUGAAAUAUGAGUCUACUGUACUGUUACUAGGUGUAAAUAUUUCUGCUGCAAGGGUUUUAAGUCUUGGUUUACAGCGCAAACAAAAAUCCAUUCAUGUACCACACACUCCUCGCCGUAAGACACUCCACUCUUAGUGUAAGCGCCAUUUCCGUGUUUUUUGGGAUAGAAAUUUGUCUUCGCAGGUUUCAGGAUGACUAUGGUGUUGGUUCAUUUAGAAAUCAUCAUGCUCCAGUGAUUUCAUGCAUACAAAAAUACUUGAGGCAUUUGCAGUAAACUCUGUGCAAUUAGUGUCGCCCACUGAAACAAUGAUGCCAUACUUAGACAUCCCCCUGAGAGCCCAGCUCUGAAGAAUGCCUUUCUCUGUCUCUGCUCACCACCAAGGACAUUAGGGUUGCACGUAAUACUUUACAUGCAGAGCUUAAGUGAGGAUGAAUUAUAGAUUUUAUCUGGUACGGUAAUGCAUUCAGAUAGACCCAGGCUGGAAGCUUUAAGUAAGUUUUGGAGAAUGCAUCUUAUUUAAUGUUUUUUUUUUUCUUCUCAGAAAUAAAAAGGUUCAGCAGGAAGGUGUAAAUCAGUUGACUUUUUUCCAAAUAUACAGCUAAUAUUCGUCCAUUGACAGUGAGUUUGUUUAUGUGCACUUCAUAAUCCUUACUGAUUAAGUAUUUCUCAAUACCCUUAUAAGGAGUAAUCCCAGAUUUCUCAAUCUGUGCAUGCACAAAAACAGACCCUGGUAGCAAAAAUAAACAAGCAGCAUUGAUGGCAACACUUUAGAGGCAAUGCUAAAACUCAAGGAUUUAAAUAAUCUUCAUCUUCUAGCUGACUGUGUGUUCAUAAUGUGUCUCAAUGUGUUGAAUAAAAAUGUGAAUUUUGUGUUUUACUUAAAGUUUGUCACAUCUUUUUCUGUAAGAUUAAUGGCUGGUUGCAUUAAUCUGAUCCGAUUAUUGACCCAGUUUUCCAAUUAUCUGUUGAUACAAGUUCUCAAACUCAGAUGUUCUGCAGUAAUCAGAUUAUGAAAUGCAUGUAAACGCACUCAAUGACAAUAUGUUAUGAAGAACCUCAGAUAAGGUGUUCGAUUCGAUUAGAAGACAGUCUCACAAGUAGUCAGAUUGUGAGAUCACUGUUUUCAUGUCUUUCUCAACAGUGCCACAUCUGAUGCUCUUCAAUGUGGAUUUGCUAGCCUAUGAUUAUACUGAUCUGUAAACACCAUUAUUGUCAAUACUUGGAUUCUAAAGAUGAAGUGUAUUUGCCCUGGCAGUUGCAUUAUAUUUGCAUUUAGUUGCAUGUUUUUGUCCAGAAUUGUCAUCUUUUGCCUCAGUAUGAUUAUAAUUAAAGGCAUUGGGCCCACAUACUGUA